ACCUCCAUAUAUAUCGCGCUUUGUGCCCCCCUUUGUUGGCGGCCGCGCUAUCUGACCUUACAUAUGUGCCUUGCGUCUAUCUGAUUCCUCACCCACUCGCACUCAGAUAGGUCUUACCACCCCCGCCCCUAUGCCCGAGCUUUCCAGGAGCCUUCUGUGGUCGUUGAUUGAUACGCACCCAAGCCAUGGCCUCCCGCCCUUCGUCGACCUCCGCCCUGCAUUCGCAUUCGCGCCAGGGUGGCUAUGAGCAGACCGCUAAUCCCGCCGCCAAUUCUUCUCGACCUCCCCUGCAUACACCACCAUUCCGUUCCCAUUCCUCUCGCAGUUCUCGCGAGAAUGCUAAGAGCACGGCCGUAGAGGCUAUGGAUGGGAACACCGAACAGCCCAUAGCCCGCCACCCAUCCGUCGCAGCUGGUGACGUCGAGUCGCAGUCGGGGAACUCGCGUUACAGGAACAGUGACCCUUUCAACCUCUCUUCGGCUCUCAAGACCGACGAGCAGCUCGACGAGAUCAAGGCGAAUACCGCCCGCAAGCGGACGGUGCGGGGUGCUUCGGCCGUCCCCCAAUUUGCCCCUAGCUCUCGCGCAAGAAGGGUUCAAACGUUCUACCGCAGCCAGAACGAGGCCAUCGAGCGCAUGCUCAAGUCGGUCGAGGAGCACAGAGCUGAAGCCCAACACGAAGCUGGCGAGGACCACCUGCGGUAUCGGGUUGCCGUCUGGGGCUCGUUCGUGGCAAACAUAGUCCUAUCGAUCCUUCAGUUGUACGGUGCCAUAUCGUCGGGCUCCCUCUCGCUCUUCACCACCAUGGCGGAUUCCGUCUUCGACCCCCUGAGCAACCUCGAGCUCAUGAUCACUCACCGGGCCGUAAAGAAAGUGGACCCCAACCGUUUCCCCUCCGGCAAGUCUCGCCUCGAAACGGUGGGAAACAUAACCUUCUGCUUUAUGAUGGUAGCCGUAUCCGCUAUUCUCAUCGCCUUCUCGUGCCAGGACAUUUCGCAGCGCCAUGGCACCGGCGACGUAGUUAACAACUUCUACCUCCCGUCAGUGAUCGCUGUCUGUAUCGCCUUCGCCACCAAGUUUGCCUUGUUUCUCUACUGCUGGGGCAUCAAGGACAAGUACAGCCAGGUCGACAUCCUGUGGCAGGACCAUCGGAAUGACUUGUUGAUCAACGGCUUUGGUGUGUUGACGUCCGUCGGCGGCUCCAAGCUUGCGUGGUGGAUCGACCCCAUGGGCGCCAUCAUCCUAUCGCUUCUCAUCAGCGGCAUCUGGCUGCACACGGCAUUUCACGAAUUCAUGCUACUGGUCGGCACUGCUGCGCCCGUUGAGAUGCAACAGCUAAUCACAUAUGUCUGCCUUACACACUCGGACGCCAUUCUAGGCAUCGACACUGUCCGUGUGUACCAUUCCGGACCCCGGCUGAUCGCCGAGAUUGACAUCGUUAUGGAUCCCAACGACACGCUCAGAAACACGCACGACGUCGCAGAGGCGCUACAGAUGGAGCUAGAGAGGCUACCUAACGUAGAGCGAGCUUAUGUCCAUGUCGACUACGAGACCACUCAUAAGCCGGAGCACGCGGUCAAGAAGGAUUUAUGAUCCGGGAUCGGCUGUGAAAAGAAAUGAGCACCGGUAUUCGCAUUCGCGGCUGCGAGUUCGUGAGGUAGGGAGGGGUGACAGCUCUCGUUUAGAUAACGGAAACAAGAAAAACCGAGAUAGAAGAGGAUGAAUGAGAAGGGGAGAAGAGAAGGGGGGAAGAU